AUGCGUUUUGGGACUUGGAACAUUGGCUCUUUGACAGGGAGAUUAGUCGAAGUAGUAGAGGUUAUGAGAAGAAGGAGAAUUAACAUAUUAUGUUUGCAGGAGACUAAGUGGAUUGGAAACAAGGCAAGAGAAAUAGCUCCAUGGGGUUAUAAGCUUUGGUAUUCGGGAAAAACUAGGGGUAGUAAUGGGGUAGGUAUCCUUAUUGACCAAGAAUAUAUUGAUGAUGUAGUGGACGUGUCCCGAAAGAGUGAUCGAAUUAUGAGUAUUAAGCUUGUGAUAGGGGAUGAAGUUGUGACUAUUGUGAGUGCCUAUGCACCACAAGCAGGACUAGAUGAUUCAACUAGAGAAGAAUUUUGGGAGGAUUUAGAAGAAGUGGUGCAACGUGUCCCUAGAAGUGAGAAACUGAUCAUUGGUGGGGAUCUCAACGGACAUGUAGGCUCGAGUCGCGAUGGAUUUGAAAGCAUUCAUGGUGGUUUAGGGUAUGGGGAGCGGAACGAAGCGGGAAAUGCUAUUUUGGAUUUUGCAUUGGCAUAG